CUAGCUACUUCCUGUGUAGAUUGCUAGCCAGUUUUCAUCCAGACGGCCGCAGAGACUGCGACUGCUGUGUCAUCCAAGAUGCUGGCCCUCAUUAACAGGCUUUUGGACUGGUUCAGGUCCCUGUUCUGGAAAGAGGAGAUGGAGCUUACAUUAGUGGGACUUCAGUACUCCGGAAAAACCACAUUUGUCAAUGUGAUUGCAUCAGGCCAAUUCAGUGAAGACAUGAUUCCCACAGUUGGUUUCAACAUGCGGAAGGUCACUAAAGGAAAUGUGACAAUAAAGAUAUGGGACAUAGGUGGACAGCCCCGCUUCAGAAGCAUGUGGGAGCGCUAUUGUAGAGGAGUCAAUGCAAUUGUUUACAUGGUGGAUGCAGCAGAUCGAGAGAAGAUUGAGGCUUCUAGAAAUGAGCUGCACAACCUUUUAGACAAACCGCAACUACAAGGAAUUCCUGUUCUAGUACUGGGCAACAAACGAGACCUACCCAACGCACUUGAUGAGAAGCAGCUCAUUGAAAAAAUGAACCUGUCCGCCAUCCAGGACCGAGAGAUCUGCUGCUACUCCGUCUCCUGCAAAGAAAAAGACAACAUAGAUAUCACACUGCAGUGGCUCAUCCAGCAUUCAAAGUCCAGGAGAAGCUGAAGGUGAACCCCUCCCCAGUCGCAGCUCUGGCCUCAGCCCUGUAAUGGUCAUGGGUCCUCGACAGUCAUCCCUUCCACUGCCUCCGUGAAGUAAUCCAGCUCUCUCUCUGCUCACUACUGUCACCACCUGCACCACCCAGUACACUACCAUAGAUGUGUAGCCCCUGUACAGCACUACCGCCACCCCAACUAUCUGGAGUCUUGAAAAGUUGUCUCAGUACUGUGCUAGAAGGUGGAUUGUCCAUACCCAUCAUGCCUUAUCGCCUGUCAGUACGGACAUGCUCUGUGUCUGUGUACAUCAUGGGAGUUUUUUUUUUUUUUUUUUUUAAAGUGGCUUUUGUUUCCUUCGACACAGGAAUCGAAUGAUGUUGCAGUGUAUGGUUCCCCAACUAGGAUGGAGCUCCUCUAAUCCCACAGUCAAACAUCUGUUUUGUUGCCUGUCAACAUUUGGUGUUUACGUGACAUUGUGUGAUUGUAGUUUUUAACAGUUAAUUGCCAAAUGAUGAUGGUUGCUUGCGCUAAUGCCUUCAAUUCCUGAUAAACCCUUAGUAAUGUAGCCUGCAUUUUAUUUGCUGGCAUAUGGAAGUAUCUCUUUUAUUAAGUGACUUAAAUUAAAGUUUACACUUAACACAAAGAUCAAUAGAAGAUAAGUGGUUGUUGUGUUUGAAGGAAAAUCCUGUGGUAGGUCAGCAGAUUUUUAAGUGCCUUUGGCUAAGUGAGUGUCCCAAUCAGACAGUUAUUGCCCAAUGCAACUUCUAACUCAUUAUAAAAAAAAAAAACAAAAAACAAAAAACAAAAAAAAAAAACACUUGGUAGAGAGACAGCAUAAAUCCCUUGAUUACACUUAACACCACCUCUAGACAAUCUCAUUUUAUGUUUUCUAAUCAUAUAAACACAUUAUGAUGUCUGAGAAAAGACAGUACUGUACUAACAAUGAAAAAUGAAGAAUGAAGUAAUGGAUGACAGGGAUGUGAGGUGAAGAAAAUGUUACAUUUUGUUUGGUUGGUGGGUAAUCUGAAUGCUGUUUCACUUGUAGCCUGCGACUUUUAUGUAGCUUGAAAUGUGGGCUGACUUUUGCUUGCAGUUCUCAGGUUGUUAGAGGAUUUUUUUUUUUCAAUUGUCUGAACAUAGUUUGGGGUGCGCCGAAGUAUCUGUUUCAUAAUCCCUAUUUUGUUCGGGUUGGAUAACAGAAAGCCAGUGUUAGUCAUGGUGACUGAGAAGACAGAAGACAGUCCAUUAGUUCAAAGCGCUGGAUGCUUUGAUGUCAUCCAUGCCUUGCCACACCCUCGUCUGAAUCCUGAUGUGUUUUUCUAAAAGCCUUAGCAGUCCAAGGGCAAUGCUGGCUCCUCUAAAAGCGACGUAUUGAUUGAAUCGUCAUUCUCUUUCAGAGACAAGACUGAUUUCUCCCAGGUUCAACCACUGUAUAUUAAUCUACCCCUUGCUUGGCCAGUGCAUCUUGAUCUGUUAAUUUUUUUUAUUUUAUUUUUUUUUCUGUGAGUGUGUCACCAGAUCGGGGUGAGUUAUCCCUUCUGCUGCAAUACAAUAUGUAGGCCUACACAGCUUCUGCAUUUCACUGUAAUAUUUGUUGCACAAAUCCAUCGCACACACUGUUAUCUCACACGUUGUGCUGUGUCUGUUGGUGAUCUUCGUAAUCCUAAAUGUCGAUUGUUGGGACCACAGCAGCAGUGAGGGGCUGUAUAAUAGGGUGACUGUGUGGGUAAUUUGGGGAAAGCUUUGUUACCUGUGUAAUAAUAUAGCCUAUUUGCAAUUUGUAUGUGCAUGUGCUGAACUUAUUCACAUUCAAUUGCAGACUUUGUAAAUAAGAAGUUAGCAUUUUUAUUCCAACAAAUGCUCCUGUAGAUGUAAUGCAUUCUUUCCCUGUGAUUGCUAAUAAAUUUGUUUUUAUUUUUAAGGA